GCAAAGGUGAACAUAAUUCAAACAGCCCGAGUUCUAGAUACGUUCAUUUACACUUGAGCACACUGGAAGUUCGACGUCAAAAAAUGGGGGUAUCUUUCUGCAUCAGCGUUCUUAUUGUAUUCAUUUGGAGCAAUGUUCCCAUCAGGCCCGUGCAGUGUCAAAGCUCUUCUGGAAUUCUUAAUGAAUCGAAGUUAACUGGUCAGAUUGUGGUGGGGCACUGUUUGAGGAGAUGUGGCCUAGGCUUUCAACCAUUUAAAGCAAAAAUAUCCCGAGAAAAGUUGUCACUGGAUCAUUUAUGUUACACCAAGUGCAUUGGAAAAGAAGGGAAACAUCACUCUUCAGUGAAUGAGCGGAACCGCCUGGUUAAUCUACGAAACACGCCCCCCUUUGAAAGAGUCAAACGAGAUGCCCUUACCAGCGCAAAAAACCAGACAUCCUUUAACACAUCAGCAGUUGUCCCAAACAGCGAAAAAAUCAAACCCACAUCUUUCAAGGGAUUGGGACCUGAUUACCUCUCUACCAUAUCCAGUUCAGAUACCCUUCUACUUGCUAUUCGCUUGCAAAGUGCCAACACCGUGCCGUGCGUUUAUGGGUGGCGAUAAUGAAGGUGUUCCCAACAUGGCAGCUGCCAUAUACUCAACAUGUGCAUCUGUUCUUUCAGUCUUUUUGCUCUUGUCCUCGUCGGCCGUUAACUUCAUCGCUUGAAAUGGAAUUUGAGUACGACGCCUUUCUUAUAUACAGCUCAGAAGCCUCAGUGUGGCAGGGUGG